UGGCCCAGACAGUGUAGUAGUGUGGGCUCAAUAGCAUCUCAUUAGUGUGUGCAAGAUCUUGAGAAUCAGCUGUACAUGUGAUGGAAGAAUGCACUGUGCAUACAGUGUUGUAAUUCCAUUGAACAAGGGAUAGUUGAACCAAAAUAUGCCACAAGACCUAGAACUGCCUUAGAUAGAUAGAUAUAUAUAUAUAUAUAUAUAUAUAUCUAUCUAUCCCACAAAAAAGGUUCACUGUUAUAAAGCUAACUUUAUUUUUAAUUUUUAAAUGAAUUUAAGCAAAAUUCCUCAAUUCCAGGGCUAAACUUCCCUUGGAAAUUGACUGAAAAGUUUCCGACCCUUUGCAACCCUGGUCUUGACUAUAUUUCCUAUUCAUUUUGCAACUCAUUUCAUGUAUGUUUUCAUGGAAAACGAGAACAUUUUUAAGUGACCCCCAAACCUUUUGAACGGUAGUAUACAUAAGUUCCCAAUAUACCUGCCACCCAGCCCCCAGCAGUCUUCACCCAGGAAAAAGAGCACACCGGACAGGCCGCAAUGUCUUCUGGUAAAGCAGACCGCUAUCUCACCCAGCCACGAGACUCCAAUACCCUCAUCCAGGCAUGCAGCUCCAACAUCCAGAAGAUCACACAGAACACUGCCAAGAUAAAGAGCAUGGUGAAUCAGCUGGGGACGGGACAAGACACCAGCGAACUGAGGGACAGUCUGCAGCAGAUACAGCACUUUACAAACCAGCUGGCCAAGGAGACCAACAAGCACCUGAAAGACCUGGGCUUCGUCUCACCAUCUUCAGCACCUUCCGAGCAGAGGCAACAGAAGAUCCAGAAGGACCGACUGAUGAAUGAUUUCUCCGCUACCCUCGACAACUUCCAGGCCGUACAGCGCCAGGCAGCACAGAAGGAGAAGGAGUCUGUGGCUCGAGCUGGUUCCCGUCUCUCAGCUGAAGAUGGUGUCUCUGAGGAACAGCUUGUGUCUUUUGAUAACCAAGAUGAUUGGGCUCCGAUAAUCACACAGACAACAGAGGAGGACUUGGCACUUAUCAAGGAGAGAGAGACUAACAUCAGACAGCUAGAGUCGGACAUCUUGGAUGUGAACCAGAUCUUCAAGGACCUGGCCGUGAUGAUCCAUGAUCAGGGAGAGAUGAUUGACUGCAUAGAGGCCAACGUGGAGAGUGCCGAGGUCCACGUAGACCGAGGGACAGAACAGCUUCAGAGAGCCGCCUACUUCCAGGAGGAUUGUCUCGUGCCGAACUGAGCGCCAAGUGUGAGAGCGAGGGGAACUGAGCCCCAAGUGUGAGAGCGAGGGGAACUGAGAGCGCCAAGUGUGAGAGCGAGGGGAACUCGGAGCGCCAAGUGUGAGAGCGAGGGGAACUCUGAGCGCCAAGUGUGAGCGCGAGGGGAACUCUGAGCGCCAAGUGUGAGCGCGAGGGGAACUCUGAGCGCCAAGUGUGAGCGCGAGGGGAACUCUGAGCGCCAAGUGUGAGAGCGAGGGGAACUCGGAGCGCCAAGUGUGAGAGCGAGGGGAACUCGGAGCGCCAAGUGUGAGAGCGAGGGGAACUCGGAGCGCCAAGUGUGAGAGCGAAAUUACAUUUAAGUUGGAUAUUCUGCAUAUUCUCAGUGAAAUCAUGGAGCGAUUGACCAACUUAGGCUCACUGUAGCUUUCGGACUACUGGAUUGGCUGUUGAUCCUUUUGCCCUCCGAACAGCCUGAGUUCAUCAGGGCAUGGACUCUGCGAGGUGUUGAAAGUGUAUAAACUGAGCAGUAUAAUAAGAGUCUGGUAGCAACGGUUCUGUUUCUGCAUCUCAACUGUCACCAACACACCCAUCCCUCUGUCUCUCCCCUCAGCAAAAGUCCCGUAAGAAGAUGUGUGUCUUGGCUGUGGUCCUGUCCAUAGUACUGACCAUACUAGGCAUCAUGAUCUGGCAAGCCACCCAAUGAGAAGACUACACCCAACCUUCUUCUUUCACUUCUUUAUUUGUUUUGAUCCCCAACCUGAAACACUAGCCCCUGGAGCGGUUUGAGAAAGGGAUUCCUGGCUAGCUCACUGUUGGCAGGGGUCAGAGGUCAGGGGAGUGGCAUCAGGGGCAAAGGGAUGGGUCUGAGAUGUAACCUUACCUGUUACCUGACCCCCUCUCCUGAGCUCAAGGCCUCCCGCUAACCUCUUCUCUGAGACAAGGCGGUAGUAUUUCUAUUCAAAUGAAGGAGAGUAUUGGAGAGCGUGGAUUAAUAAAAAGAGACUCUUAUCUGUUUGUGAUAUUACUGCACUAAUACGAACAUUCAUUGUAUUUACAAAAGCAGAAUAAUUGUUAUUAUUGUAAGGGGUGUCCAUUUUUGUAACCUGUACAUUUCUGACACCUUUUUGUGUGUAAGCAGUUUAGUGUCCCACUCAAUUUCAAGUUAUAGGAGAGGUUUCCCCCAACACACAUUAUUCCUCCACUAAAAUACUUUUUUUUUUGGAGGUUCUCCAUUGAGCUUGUUUUGUUGUUGUCCAGGACUAGCCUUAAUCUGUGUUGAGGAAACCACCUCGUAGUCUUUAUAUUGCUUAGGUGAGAUGAAGUUCUCAUAGCAACUUUGUUUUAUCGAACUGUAUACAUGAUAAUAAAAAACUAUGGUUGUAAUAAAUACAUUUAACACCGUUGCAUGAGCCAA